AUGCGCGUCUUCAUCACCGGUGCAUCAGGCUUCAUCGGCCAGGCCGUAGUCAACGAGUUCCUAAGCAACGGUCAUCAGGUCCUGGCCCUCGCACGAUCCGACGAAACCGCCGCAUCACUGUCCGCGCUUGACGGCGUUGAAGUCAUCCGGGGCUCCCUCGACGAUCUAGACAGUCUGAAACGCGGCGCCGCCGCGUCGGAUGGCGUGGUCCAUCUGGCCUUCAACCAUGACUUCUCCGACUUCAUCGGCGCCUGCGCGCUGGACAGACGCGCCAUCGCAGCCAUGGGCGAAGCCCUGGCCGGGUCCAACCGUCCUCUCGUUGUGACUUCUGGUACCGGCCUCCUGCCACCUGGUCGCAUGGCGACCGAGGAUGACGGGGCCGAUAUGUCGUCGCCCUUCGGUUCUGCGCGUGGCGAGUCGGAGAAGUUGGCUCUCUCUCUCACGGCGAAGGGCGUGCGGUCGUGCGUCGUGCGUCUGCCCCCUACCAACCACGGAAAGGGGGAUAAGGGGUUUAUCCCUGCGCUCAUCAAUAUCGCCCGCCAGAAGGGCGUGGCCGCGUACAUUGGCGACGGACUGAGCCGCUGGCCUACGACGCACCGGCUCGACACUGCCCGUGCCUUCUAUCUGGCUUUUACCAAGGGGACUGCCGGGUCCGUCUACCAUGUCGUUGCCGUGGAAGGCGUGCCUAUCAAGGAGAUCGCGGAGAUCAUCGGCAAGAAACUGAACUUGCCGGUGGUCAGCAAGAAAUGGGAAGAGGCGCAGGAGCAUUUCGGGUUCCUGGCUUUCCUGCUGUCGACGGACCAUCCAGCUUCCAGUGCGAAGACCAGAGAGGCGUUGGGGUGGAAACCUACGCAUCCGACUCUUAUUGCCGAUCUCGAGGAGGGGUUCUACUUCAGCUGA